UUUCAUGUCAGCUAGGUUGUUCGGACUUUGAUGCUCUCGUCCCCGCUCUCUCCGCCCGGACUCCGCACCGCAGAAGCCCGGGGACCCUGAGGUGCCAAGGCCCAACUGGAGAGCCGUUGCCAGGAACGACCAGCCACCACUCAGGAACCCGCACCUGUGAGUAGGAGCAAUGGAUCGCGGCAAAGAAAAAUGUCCUUGCCCGCCACCCGUCCACCUCUCCAUCCAUCCACCGUCCAAUACACCAUCUCCGUCUCCAAUUACCGCGCAUUCGCCAUCGCCAUCAUUCACCUCCACCACCCUAGCCACGCAUCCCCGUUCCCUCAUCAAAAUCCCACCAAUCGCCCUCCCAGCCACUUCUUCAUCCACCCACUCUCCCAUCGUCUGCACCAGCGACCAGCGCCGCCCAUCAGCGUCUGUCCUAGUCUCGGCCGAGCUGCACGCGGGGGAUGGGCGGGGGGUCGGAGGGAGCGUGCCAGCGCCAGCGCAAAAAACAAAGCAGGUAGGAAGCAGGAGCGGCGGCCGGACAGCCAGAAGCGCAGCAGUAGCAGCAGCAUCGCGAAGCAAGGCCCGCCGCCACCAUCACAUCGUCCCGUGCGUGCCGGAAAAUGCCGAAAUAAAAAAAUCUGGGGGUGGCUGGCAGGCUCUCUGACGCCCGCCAAUAUCGAGCCUGACCGGCCUGCCAGCCAUCUGGUCGUCCAGCGCGGGACCAGCAACGCCUCUGCCAAGCACGAUCAGCGCGCCCCUGGCCUGUCGCCGCGUAAGCAGGGAGGGGACGCGCAGUCGUUGCUAGUGGGCGUGCGAGUCCGAAGGGAUGGACCGCUGGGCGUGGGAUGACAUCUGGCUUGCGGUAGCGCGGCGGCGAGGCGAGGCGAGGGCGAGUCGAGGGGAAGAAGGAGGAAGAGAAAGAAGAAAAGAAGCAUGCACAUUCGUGCGUGUGCGCAUGUGUGCGUAAAAACUGAGAGAGGGAGCGGGAAAGAGAAGGAAAUAUGCGCGAAGGAGAUGUCCGGAUCGAAGGAUGGACAAGUGAGAUGACGAGGAAGAGUGGGGGAAGGGAAGGACAGGGCGGGGUGGCGCUGGUGCGCGUGCGGAUGGGACGGGGGCUACGCUGGCCUGCCAGCGGCGGCGGCGACGGCGACGGAGGAGAGGGGGGUUGGUUGAUGAUGUGCGGUGCUU